UCCCGGAAGUGACGGAGUUUCUACACGGCGUAGGCGUCUGGAAACCCCAGCGUCAUGUGGGAUUCCCCGACCACAAGACGUCGCGAACCUUUCUUAGCUCACUGCGCCUGUUUUAGACCUUGAGACACUUUUUCUUUCGGUACAGCGGGGGUGUGACGGUGGUUCCUUAAAGCCGGGCGCUCUGAGUUUCCCCUGACGUUUCCUUGUUGCAGUCGGAUCGGUGAGUCGGACUCAAAAUCGGGAACUGUGAGUCAGGUGUGUGAACUAGAAGAGUACAGGUGAACAACGGUAAUAACAUUGUCAGGAACCGCCAGACGAACAAAAGAGUAAAUCAAAAUGUCGCACAACAAUAACCAUGACCUCAACAAGAACGACCGGAAACGGCUCCGGAAGUUCCUACUCGAGCACCUAGAAUGGAAUGACGUCACAGGACUGUCGUGGAUGGACAGAUCACAGGGCAUCUUCCGGAUUGGCUGGCGCCAUGCAGGACGGGACGGUUAUGACCCGGAAGUGGAUGGAAUGAUCUUCCGGCUCUGGGCGGAGCUGACAGGAAAACACAAACCUGGCCAAAGGGAGGACCCGACUGCCUGGAAAACGAGGCUACGAAACGCACUGCGAAGAUUACCGGACUUUGCCGAGCAGUCCCAGCACAGCAGGCCCGACGAUCCUCACGACCCCUUCCGUGUCUACAAGUUCGUCCCAACACCCAACCUACCUCCUCAGCAACAUUUGCAGGCGGGCGCUACCAUUCCGGGUCUGGGGGAGGACUUCGGCAUGAAGUGUGACGACAUCGAUGAUGUGUUGAACGAGAUUGACCCGAACACGUGGCAGGCAGUGUCUCCUCUGCAGUUAGACAUGUUACAGGACCAGGGUGGGAUGCAGGUCCAGCAACAACCGCUGGUCGGCGCUGCUCCACCACAAGUCUUUCCCGCCUCUGGCCAACCGGCACAACAAGGACAGCUCGGCGUCGAGGACUUUCCCGGACUGACUGGCCACACGGAUGUAGACAUCACGGUACAGUACAGGGGGCGCUGCGUCGUGCCACCGCAGCGCGUCUCCAACCCCAGAGGUCUCCGCAUCUUCUCCGGGUCUCCCUUCACGCAGCAGAUCGGGCGGCAGGUUAUUGUGCAGGCACAGCUGGCAGAGGGAAUGUACGGUCCCAAGGACGUGGCCCAGUUCGUCCUGCCGGACGUUGACCGCGCGAGCAUGGGUCAGAAGCAGUUUGACCUGACCCGGCAGCUUCUGGAGCACACGGAGCGCGGCGUGGUGCUGGAGUUCCAUCAGAACGACAUCUACGCCAGGAGACUCUGCAGGAGCAAGGUGUUCUGGGAGGAUAGCAACCGGCCAACCGGCACACCCCUUAAGCUGAACCGUGACCAGCCCACGAAGAUCUUCGACUACCAGACGGCCUUCAUCCCGGCCUUACAGCACUACGUCACACACGAGGGUGCCGCGCGGCCGAGCCCGGAUCUGAGGCUAUGCGUGGGGCAGGUGUGGGACCGGGACAGGCGCCCCUUCAAGGAUAACCUCAUCACCGUGACGAUCACGCACCUGACGGCGGCGCGCCAGCUCGAGGUGGUCCGCCAGGUGAGAGGACAGCACUCGCUGAGUCUGAGCGGCGCCGGCGUCUCCUGUUCCAACGAGUACGACAAGCUGGUGAAGCAGGUGGAGUGCCUGGUGCAGAGCAUGAACAUAGAUGCUUCACAAGAUGCUGCGCCACCGUUCGCCAACAUGAUGUAAAAGAUAUACAGAUGUAUUGGUUUGCUAUCGCAUUUUCACACUCAGAGCCUCGCCGCGGCCUGUACAAUAUACCUUGAGGAGGCUCUGGUUAGGCCUACGUCACAUUCCCAAACCGAGGCCUGACCGGGCAGCUUUCUGGAACAAAAAGUAUGGCAUAGAAGACGCCAAAUUACAAAAGACGUAUAGAGAAUAGUCAUGGGCAUUAUUUGUGUAUAUUUUGACCUAUACAUGUCUGUUUUACAUUUCCACAAAUAACCCGACCGUGCUUCGGUUUGGAAAUGUAACGUUAGCCUAAACCGGGCGGAGGUUUCCACUUUUGUGGUCGCAACCUCUAUAUCCAGCCGUCAGCCAAUCAGAGAAUCGCCUGAAUGUUUCAUUUAGGCAACACUGUUCAUUAAUUGGUUGACAGCUGUUUAGAAGCCACACCCACAAAAGUGGAAACCUCAGCCCAGUUUAGCAGAGCCUACCAAAGACGUAUUGUAUAGACUCUGGGCUCUGUGUAGGAGAAUGCGCUUUCGCAAACCUGUAAAUAAGCCUAGACACAUCAAAUGUUUGAGUGUGACGUCAUAACGUAAUAAUGCAAACAAACAUCGCCAUCUUGGCGGGUCCAACUAGUUCCAAGAUGGCGACCGAUCGUCGAUGUAUUCUGAAGGUCAAGAUUUAGUGACUUGUUUCAAAGAUUAUGAUUCCUGCCAAGGAAGGUGUCCACAUCAUUAUCCACACAUUGUUUAAAGAUGUCUAUGCACUGCCUGUUGCUAGAUUAAGUACUUAAUUUUGAGAAGGGUAAGAGUCAUAUUUUAAGGAUUUAAAAUCUCACAGAGUAACGUAUUCAAGAGCUGAAAGUAAAUCGUAAGUACAUGUAUUGUGUAAUGUUCUCUGUUUGAAAAUUACACUUAUCCAAAAGAA